AGCAGGCUCAGUGGAUGCUUCUUCGUGAUCAUUAUCAGUAUGAGUAGUUUUGCUGAAGAAGAAUAUUUUAGACCCAUUUAUUUUGGAAAUGAACUACCUGCAGUGCUGCAGAACACAUUUGGUCGGAUCCAUAUUUUAGAGGAGAAGAAACAGGAUUUUUGGUCUAACAUCACUCCACUAAGCCAGAAGAAUAAUCAGUGGAGCUUUUUAGAAAAUGAACUGAAUGAUGCUGUGUGUGAAAAGAAUCGCUUGAGCCUCCAGUAUGCGAGUAAAUCCCACAAGGCACUCCAGUAUGACCAGGUGAAAACAGACUAUGAUCAGCUUAGAGAAACUCUCGCCGCAGUGACCCAAGAACGCGAUUUGGCUGUGAAGGAGAAACUCCAGCUCCAAGCCAAACUGGAGAACUUAGAGCAGGUCCUAAAGCAUAUGCGAGAGGCUGCUGAACGGCGGCAGCAGCUGGAAUUGGAGCAUGAGCAAGCCUUGGCUGUUCUCAAUGCAAAACAGCAGGAAAUUGAACUCCUGCAGAAGGCUCAGGUUGAAGCUAAGAAAGAACAUGAAGGUGCAGUUCAGCUGCUAGAGAACACCUUGGACAGCAUGCAGGCCAAGGUUCGCGAGCUAGAGGAGAAAUGUCGGACGCAAGGCGAGCAGUUUAACCUCCUCUCCAAGGAACUGGAAAGGUUUCGUCAGCAAGCUGGGAAGAUUGAUCUCUUGACUAGUAAUUCCUUGGCAUCCACAGAUAUCCCCAGCUCCCCUAGCAAAUCCCUAUCCCGGUUAAUGAACGGAAUUGCCACUUCCUUAGGCAAAGGUCAUGAAAGCUCCUCUGGAGGCCACUGUGUGAUCUCAGAGUUUAUACGACCCCUCCAACUAUCCGGUGACAGACCGGAGCAAUUGUCCAUCAGACCAAUUUUCCUGUCCCGGUCACGAUCUGGCAGCCCAAGAUGCAGAUUUGAAUCAGACAUGGAUAAUGAACAAAAUUCUAAUACCUCAAAGCAGAGAUAUGUGGGAAAAGUCCAUCUUUGCAUCGCCCGAUAUAGUUACAACCCAUUUGAUGGACCAAAUGAAAACCCUGAAGCAGAGCUCCCCCUCACAGCAGGAAAAUACCUCUAUGUGUAUGGAGACAUGGAUGAAGAUGGCUUCUAUGAAGGUGAACUUCUAGAUGGACAGAGAGGUCUUGUCCCUUCCAACUUUGUGGACUUUGUGCAGGACAGUGAAUCCCAUUUGUCAAGUGGGUUGGGCAGUGAGCAGGACCAGAAUUACAUCAACCACACUGGUCACACUUUGGAAGGAGAUGGCCUUUUGGAGAUCAACCCACCCAGCCACUUAGAGUCCAGUGUUGUCAGUAAUGGUGCAGGGACCUUGGAUGUGAACAUUGAUGAAAUUGGAGAAGACAUUGUGCCUUAUCCUAGAAAAAUUACCCUUAUCAAACAACUAGCCAAAAGUGUUAUUGUGGGCUGGGAGCCUCCGGUCGUGCCACCUGGAUGGGGAACCAUUCAUAGCUACAACGUCUUGGUCGACAAAGAAAUACGAAUGAGCGUGUCCUUGGGGAGCAGAACUAAAGCUCUCAUAGAAAAACUAAACAUUGCUACCUGCACGUAUCGAAUAUCGAUUCAAAGCAUAACCAGUAGGGGCAAUUCUGAUGAUCUACAGUGCACUUUGUUAGUCGGGAAGGAUGUCAUUGUGGCUCCUUCCCACCUUAAGGUAGACAAUAUCACCCAGAUUUCCGCCGAGCUCACCUGGCUCCCGACCAACAGCAAUUACAGUCAUGUGAUCUUCCUCAAUGAAGAAGAGUUCGACAUUGUCAAGGCUGCCAGAUACAAGUACCAGUUUUUUAACCUGAAGCCCAACAUGGCCUACAGGGUGAAGGUACUGGCAAAGCCUCACCAAAUGCCCUGGCAGCUGCCACUGGAGCAACGAGAAAAAAAAGAAGCCUUUGUAGAAUUUUCAACGUUGCCAGCAGGUCCUCCAGCUCCUCCACAAGACAUUAGAAUUCAGGCUGGACCAGCACCAGGGACUAUACUGGUUUCUUGGAAGCCACCCAUUCUCACGGCAGCAGGGACCUCCAAUGGAGCCAAUGUGACUGGCUAUGGUGUUUAUGCAAAAGGUCAACGGGUGGCAGAAGUUCUCUUUCCUAUGGCCGAGAGCACCAUCGUGGAGCUGAUGAGAAUCCAGAACCUGGAAGCCAAGGAAGUUCUCAUCCGGACGCUUUCUGUCCAAGGGGAAUCGGUGGACUCGUUCAGUGCUGCCAUUCCACCUGACCUACUGGUGCCUCCAACCCCUCACCCUCGGCCAGCUCCCAAAUCUAAGCCAUUACCAAGUGCCGGCAUCCCAGAUACCAAAGACGAACAUAUAUGUCUGCAUGUAAAAAGGGACGAGUCAUGGGAGCAGGGCCGUGUGGCUUGUCCCGUGCAUGGACACACCCUGGAGCCUCCCAACUUCCACAGCCCACUCCAAGGGAGGAGGUCUCCUUCUCCAAAUCGGAUACUCCCUCAGCCACAAGGCACGCCCAUCCCCAGUACAGUUGCAAAGGCCAUGGCCAGAGAAGCUGCUCAGCGGGUUGCAGCAGAAAGCAACAGGCUGGAGAGGAGGAGUGUGUUUACUGAAAGAAGCAGUGCUGCACAUUACGCAAACUCUGAUGAAGAAGAGGACGGCUAUGACUCACCACGUGUCAAAAGGAGGGGGGCUUCUGUUGACGAUUUCUUAAAAGGCUCUGAACUGGGGAAGCAGCCCCACUAUUGCCAUGGGGAGGAGUACCACACUGAGAGCAGCCGGGGCUCUGACCUGUCCGACAUCAUGGAAGAAGACGAGGAAGAGCUGUACUCAGAGAUGCAGAUGGAGGAUGGAGGGAGGAGGCGAGUCAGUAUAACAUCGCAUAACACUCUCAAGGAUUGUUAUAAGAGCACUGAAGCAGCUUUUUUGGAACAGCCUGAUUUUGCCCAGCAGAUCCGUCACAGUAAAAAGCUGUUCAGUAUCCCUGAAGUAGCCGAAGAGGAUGGCGAUUGUUCCGAACUGUUGCACAAGCAGGGUUUAGGGAUGCCCCACAAAAUGAGAAGUGCGAUAGCUAGAGAGAGUAGAUCGGCCUGGGCCUACAAUCAAGACCCACCGCACAUCUUCUGGCACCCGGCGAAGCAGCGGAUCUUGGAGGAUUCAGGGGAGAGAGGCUAUACAUUCAGCAGGUCUUCCACGAGGAGCCCAGACAGUGGCCUGGACUGUGGCAGUGAAGAAGAAGAAUCGCGCUUCAGCUUCCGCAGUGCUUAUGACACGGCUUCUGCCAAUGUCGCACCCAGCUGCUGUGCUGGUGGCGAGGGCUGCUCCUGCCGGAAGACACCGCGGCCUUUGCUCGCCCGCCGAAGGACACUGACGAGGCAGAGCAGCAUCGAAGAAGACUUUGGGGACUCUGUCCCUUCCUUUCUAGAGCCUCAAAGUGAGGAGAGCAAGCCGGCUUAUUAUGAGAGGAAGCACGAGCCUCAAAGGUGUAACAGAGCAGAUAAUUUGACACGCGAAGAUUUUCAGGGAGGCUGGAGCAGCCACGUAACAGGGAAUGACGUUAGGGCACCUUCUGUACCACUUACAAGGUCAUCCUACAGAGAUCCCAAAGACCCUCUGCUUUUAGGUAACCCAUCAUCCUCUGGACGACCAGACAGGGUGGAGCAUCCAAGCAGAAGGAUAUCUCAUGGAAGCUCAGGACCGCAAAGGUCACGACCCAUGUUGGUCCCUUCGAUUGAUGGGUACUGUAGCCGAGAGCGCCUGUCCCCAGAAAUUUAUGAAGAAUCUGAAACAGAUCCUGGUGCAGAGGAGGUGUCCACACGGAUCUUUGUCGCACUUUUCGACUAUGACCCACUGACCAUGUCUCCUAAUCCUGAUGCGGCUGAAGAAGAGCUCCCAUUUAAAGAAGGGCAGAUUAUCAAGGUGUAUGGUGAUAAAGACGCUGACGGGUUUUACAGGGGGGAAACCUGUGCGAGGCUGGGUCUUAUUCCGUGCAACAUGGUCUCUGAAAUCCAAGCUGAUGACGAAGAGAUGAUGGAGCAGCUUCUGAAGCAAGGGUUUCUCCCUCUGAACACCCCUAUAGAGAAAAUAGAAAGGACCAGGAGGAGUGGCCGUCAGCCUGCAGCGUCAACCAGGAGAAUGGUGGCAUUAUAUGACUAUGAUCCAAGGGAAAGCUCGCCUAAUGUUGAUGUGGAGGCCGAGCUAACAUUUUGUACAGGAGACAUAAUUACAGUCACUGGAGAAAUCGAUGAAGAUGGCUUUUAUUAUGGUGACCUGAAUUGCCAGAAGGGUUUGGUUCCUUCAAACUUUCUUGAAGAAGUGCCUGAUGAUGUAGAAGUCUAUUUAUCCGAUGCCCCAUCACGCUAUGCUCAAGAUACGCCAAUACGUACAAAAGCAAAAAGGGACAUGCUGUGGAGGAAGCUAAUAAACACAGAAAUAACUUGUUCUUCCACUAGCAUGUAUAUGAAUGUUUAGUUAUUAUGAACCAUUCAUUUUUUGUUUGGUUCAGCACAAUGCAAGUUUAGCUUCUCAAGCAUUUUCUGCCGUGCAGAGUUAUUUACAUCUGCAGACUAUAGGUAUGCUCGAGUUAAAUACAACACAGCAUGGGUGGGGGCGGGGACAUGCUUUAGCCAUCUUGUGUAGCUCAAAACUGUUCAGGUUCCCCCCCCCCCGCUGCCAGCAAGUGUCCCACAAAGAUGCCCAUCUCUGAAGAAAGUAUUCAUGUGUAGAAUCUCACUUGUCUUCUUUCAUCACUGCAGUUUUUAUAUAUUAUAUUUUAUGUAUAUUUUUAUUUCUUUGCUCAUCUGCUUGGGAACAGAAGAAGAGUGUUCAUUUCACACCUUAAAAAAGGCAAAGUAGCCUUCACGUAAGUGAGCAACUGAAGAUACCAAUAAAGAUAGCAAUUCCAAACUAGCUGGCAUUAUCUAAUGCAGCCGUCUUAGCACCUAAAUGUGCAGAGAGAGAAAUAUGUCUCCAAAACCAUUAGCCCUGUCGGUUGCAGACUUUCCUUAUGUGUGUUUUUUUUCCUCAUGAAAAAAAAAAAUCAACUUCUAGGGUAUAUAUAGUCAUAAAACCUCAACAGAAUUGACUUUUGUCUCACCAUUUUCUUCUUCCGUGUAUUCAGGGCUCAUGUUUAUAAAAAAAGUUUUAACAUUUGGAACAUAUUUCUUACUGGGCGUAGUGUUUGUUUGCAUUUUUAAAAAAGUGUUCCUAGUGUCUAACUUCAAAGAGAAGCUGCAUAUUGCAUUGUUAGCCAAUCUAGGGGGGUAGUCCCGAACUUCAAGAGAAAGGGAGGUGGGGUGUAAAAGCACAAAAUAGACCCACCAGCGCAUGACAAGCAUAACACUGUAAGCAGAUCACUAUGAUAAUUAAGAAAAGGGUAUGGGGUUUUUGUUAGUUUGUUUUUUUUAGAACACAUUAACCUCAAAUAUCUGUUUAACAGUUUCCCUUAAAAGUUUAUCUCCUGUUCAAUGUCCCAAGUUUGCCUGUGGCACUUUCUCCUCUGUAGUCCUCAUUCAAAAAAAUUAAAGAAAAAUGCAAAUUCUUCCAUAGCACAGUUCUGUAUCCAUGUUUGGAAAGCGCUCAGCAACUCUUUGGUUUAUCAAUGCAAUAACAGUUGACAUGAAAGAUGUGCUGCUCAAACCCAUGAACGAAUGCAUUAGAGCUCGAUAUAAACGGUAUCUUCAGGUGUACGUUGGGGGUGCUUCUACAAAGUGGUUCUUUUGUUUGUUUUCUUCAUUAGACAAAGGCCUUCAUUUGAGAUCAAAGUAAGCUUGUGACCCCUUUGCUUAAAUUUCAUCUUCAUGUAAACUAAGCCUAAUCUGGACAGAGCAGAAACCAUUUUUCACAGCUGCCAGAAAGAUGCGUCAGCCAGCUUACAGUAUUAAGCAGUUGGCUGCUAGGGGCUCACUCUUCACUCUUGAAUGACUCCCAUACAUAGCAGUACAUCUUGCAUUUUGGGUAGUGAAAUCCUUGUUCAUUGUACUAACUGUUGUACAAGCAAACAUUAUACACAAAUCAUGCGUGUAAUAACAUAUUGCCACACAGAACAGCAUCAAAGGUCUUGAAGCUUUCUUUGAUUGCAAUUAAGGUUCAUUUUAGCUUUUUUUUUCUUUCAACCAGUGUGCCAUCUUCUUAAAAUAUGUAUAUACAGUACGCUUAAAAAAAAAAAAAGCAGUCAAUUGAUCUCAAGAAUUAAAACCCUCUUGAUUUUAUCUCCACAAUUGGCAAUACCUUCUGGAAACUGGCUGGUGUAUAUAUAGAACUUGCCAUUCGUAGUACUUAGCCCAAUUUUCUCAGAUGCUCAGGGGUCACCACAAGAGUACUGAAAUGUGAAGAAGCAAUUUAAUUUUGGCAAAAACCCAGUUCUGGGUCACCUGUUUAAAAUAAGCAGCUUUUUCCAAGAAACUAUUUAAAUUUAUUUUACAAUAUACAUAUAUAUAAACUUUCAGCUGUAUAUGCUGUUUUUCUCACUACUUUGGUAAACUAGAGAAGUCUGUUGUGUGGCAUACUUUAAAGAAAAAAAAAAGGAUUGUCCAAAACAAAAGUAAAGAAACAAAAAAAUGUUACCAACUUUCCUGUUGUUUGGCUUUCAUUCAGUAAACUGUAACAAUGUACCUACUAGGUUCCUCCUGAGAAUACAGGUACAUCACCAAGGAGAGCACCAUCUCCCACAGUCCAUCUCCAUACGGGGUCACCUACGUCAU